AUGGCAAAGAAUGAGGAAGGUAGUGGUAGUCCGAUCUGGGGUGCUUCGUUUCUCAUGCAGACCUCAGAAGAUGUUGCAAUGGCUUUUGCUGCUGCAGCCUCUGCGAUAAACCCGCCAAGGCCUUCUGUUGUUUUCUCAUCGAAAGAGGAAGGCGGUGAUAGCCCUCUGCAGAGACUACAGAGGCAGGUAUCGAAAGCGGUUAAAAACUUCUAUGAAACUCCUAAAACAAAGAGUAUAAUGUACAACCCUGAGGUUUUGACUAGCCAGAAGCGUCAAUGGGCGAAAUUUCAGGAUCAUAAACCAUUGAAAGAUCCGUCAAGGCUAUUUGAAAGCGUUGUUGUGGUUGGACUUCAUCCUAAUUGUGAUAUUCAAGCACUUGAAAGGCAGUACAUUGCGCGGAAAUCUGAAGGCUCUUCUGGGAGGUUGCGAAGUGCAAUGGUCUCUCAAAAUAAUUCUCGUGUAGAGCCCAGUCUUGAACCUCAGGUCUUAUUUGUGUACCCUCCCGAUACGCAGCCUCCAAUUAAAUACAAAGAUCUUCAUUCAUUUUGCUUUCCUGGAGGCAUUGAGGUCCAUGCUGUUGAAAGAACUCCUUCCAUGAGCGAGUUGAGUGAGAUCAUUCUCAGUCAGGAACAUCUUAGACCUAGUGAUCUUUCAUUUGUAUUUAGGUUACAGGUUGCUGAUAAUUCGACUUUGUAUGGAUGUUGCAUACUAGUGGAAGAAAUAGUGAACAAACCAUCAAGAUUGCUUUCCACGGUUUUGGAUAAACCACCACCUGCUUGCUCAUCAUUAAGUCGCUAUGUUCUGACAACUCGCAGAUGCUAUUGCAUCCUUACAAGGCUGCCGUUUUUUGAAUUGCAUUUUGGUGUAUUAAAUAGCAUCUUCUUGGAAGAAAGACUGGAGCAUUUGAUGAGUGGCAUCAGUUGUGCAUCAUUAGAACCCCCAUUAGAUUUCAGCAAUGAAGACAGCUUAGAUGAUACAUUAGCCCAACAAAGAGACUCUGAGGACACAAAUGAACAAACUGGUGAAGCAGGUUCAGAACUCCCUAAAGCUGACGAAGUUUCAGAUAAUAAGACUUGCGAGACGAAUCAGAAAGUUGACCUCAACUUGUGUUCAACAGAGAGAAUUGUUGAGGAGACGUCUGGGCUUUCAGUGUCUCAUGAAGUUGAGACAGUUGCCAAGAGAAGUGAGCUGUGUUUUGCAGAGGCUGACAACCACGUCGCUAAAGCUGAUGAUUCCUUGCCAAUUGUUCAGCAAGGCAAAGAAAGUUGUUUACCAGAUCCUGGCCCGCUUCUUCGGUGCCCUUAUUUGGAUGAGGUCUCUGAUUCUAGCUCUAGCUUUCAGGCUGCUCCUUGCGAGACGAGGCAUUCUAGGACCAGUGUAGAUGCUACUGAGACAGAUGAAGCAUCCUUUUCGGGUCAAGAUGAUACAAGCAGUAAUCUUGAUAUCCUUGAGUGGGCAAAGUCCAAAAAUAAUGGGCCGUUGCUGAUACUAUGUGAGUAUUACCAAUUAAAAUGCCCGGCAAGAGGUUCAAGUAUUAUGUUUCAUCCUUUGGAGCAUCUUCACCGGAUUGAAUAUCAUAGACCCAAUGAGGUGGCGUUGCAUACUCCUGGAUCAGCAAUUGACCUAAGAUCAUGCAACACUAGUCUAGAACUUGCAGAGGCACACACUGCGCUCAUGGCUGAGGAAGAAGCAGCUGCACUAUCAACUUGGGCUGUUGCUUCGUUAUGUGGAUCACUGCGGCUUGACAAUGUCUUGAUGAUCCUGGCAGGAGCACUGCUUGAGAAACAGAUUGUAUUUAUUUGCUCCAAUUUGGGAAUCUUAGCUGCGUCAGUUUUAUCACUUAUCCCAGUAAUCCGCCCCUUUCGGUGGCAGAGCCUUUUAAUGCCGGUUUUGCCAGAUGAUAUGCUCGAAUUUCUGGAUGCCCCAGUCCCUUACAUAGUUGGGGUAAAGAACAAAACAAGUGAAGUUCAGUCGAAGCUAACGAAUGUUAUAGUUGUGGAUGUUAUGAAGAACCAGAUUAAGUCACCAAGUAUUCCUCAGCUGCCUCAGUACCGCGACUUAUAUAAUGCGCUGAGUCCUUAUCACUCAAAGCUAGUUGGAGAAAGCUAUCUAGCAAAGAAAAGACCAGUAUAUGAAUGUACUGAUGUGCAGGUGGAAGCUGCAAAAGGCUUCUUGGGUGUGCUAAGGUUGUACAUGGAUUCACUUUGCUCUAAUCUGCAGUCACACACUAUAACAAAUGUGCAAUCCAACAAUGAUAAGGUAUCACUUCUCCUAAAGGAAAGUUUCAUUGACUCAUUUCCUAGUCGUCAUCGCACGUUCAUGAAGUUAUUAGCGGAUACGCAACUCUUCUCUGUACAUACAGAUCUCGUUCUUUCCUUCAUCCAGAAGCUAUAG